UACAAACCUGCCUGAGGUAACGCAUGUCUACCCUAUUAUUUUGCUAAUACAUUCACUUUAAACAAAAUUGUUUUAAGCUAUAAGCGACAAAGUGCUAAAGGAUAUGAAAAUAUCGGAGCAAAGCCAACAGUUGUCCACUGAUGUGACAAAAACAAAUGCUGCUGUGACGAUCACAGGGACACGAGUUUCGAAGAAAAGACAGACACCAAUCUAUCAUCAGUUCGUCGAGGCCGCGAAACUGAAUCCUCGGCUGUCCGAUAAGGAACAUCUGAGAGCGAUCACGAUUCCCGCCAAUAACGACCUGGAAGACCCCGAGAUAAUGCUUGAGCUGCUACCCCACGCCACAUUUCCGGUGUACGCUCACUGCUUGAGCCCGAGGAUGACCCAGUCUCGGUUCUCUCCCAGAAGUCCUCCUGACAAAGUGACGACCAACCUCCGGCCCCACCAGGACUGGCUGGCCGGACCAGCGACAUCGCUCCUCAGCUGUUACCCUGAUACAACGUCUCGUGUGUUCCCUUUAUUGUGUUGUACUCUUCCUUAAUGAAAAUUCAAGCUGUCUAACCACUAUCACUGCCCAACCAGUCAUAACGUUUGUACUAAGGUUCUGUGCCUUUUACAGUCUGGUGGCAGAGGUUGUCGUUCUGUCCAUUUGGCUCACAACACGGACACACA